CGAGCCUCGCGGGGCCGCCGCCAGCCCUGCCGGCCGCCUCCCCGAGCCUCCCGGGCGCGCCGCGCCUGCCCCCCGCGGCCCGCAGACAGCUCCGCAGGAACCGGCGGGCGCGCCGCGCUCUCCACCGCCGCCGCGGGCGGCACACAUUGAGUCAGCAGAUGAGCUUGGGCCUAAACUUGUCCUCUGAUCCCAGAGUGGGCCUGCUGAGCGGAUCAGGGCUGGGGUCUCACCCUGCCUCGCCCCUCCCUGCAGUUGCACCAUUCGAGGAAGUCCCUGCGCUCGUUCCAAGACCUGUGGUGGUUGCCUCACCCUUGCUGAGCCCCAAGCCUAGGGCCGCGGCCGCAAAUGCCACACCCUCUGCACCCAGCAGCAUGGACAGCGGGCAGCCAGGCCCUGCCUGUUUUCUUGAAGUUGCUGGUCUCUCCAGGACCUUGUCCCUUCAGUCCGUGGCCCAAGAAGUAGCGUCUAAGUGGGACCUUCCUCCCAGCUCCCACCCUGGCAAGCGGUUCUAGGGCUCCAAAGGCCACGGGCACGAUGCUUCGGGUCCUGGUGGGGGCUGUCUUCCCCGCCAUGCUGCUGGCUGCUCCACCGCCCAUCAACAAGCUGGCACUGUUCCCAGAUAAGAGCGCCUGGUGCGAGGCCAAGAACAUCACCCAGAUCGUGGGCCACAGCGGCUGUGAGGCCAAGUCCAUCCAGAACAGGGCGUGCCUGGGACAGUGCUUCAGCUACAGCGUUCCCAAUACCUUCCCGCAGUCUACAGAGUCCCUGGUGCACUGCGACUCCUGCAUGCCGGCCCAGUCCAUGUGGGAGAUUGUGACUUUGGAGUGCCCCGGCCACGAGGAGGUGCCCAGGGUGGACAAGCUGGUGGAGAAGAUCCUGCACUGCAGCUGCCAGGCGUGCGGCAAGGAGCCCAGUCACGAGGGGCUGAGUGUCUACGUGCAGGGCGAGGACGCGCAGGGCUCCCCGCCCGGCCCCCACCCCCACCCCCACCCUGGCGGGCAGACCCCUGAGCCCGAGGAUCCCCCUGGGGCCCCCCAUGCCGAGGAAGAGGGGGCUGAGGACUGAGGCCCCCGACUCUUCCUCCCCUCUCAUUCCCUGUGGAAUGUUUGGGUCUCACCCUCCCGGGGAAGAGUUGGGGGAGAGACUGAAGCCCCCCCUUUGGCACUGGAUGGACUUGGAUUCAGACUUGGACUUGGAAUGCUUCCCGGUUGCCAUGGAGAUCUGAAGGGGGUGGGGCUGGCGCCAAGCUGCACAAUUUAAUAUAUUCAAGAGUUGGGGGGAGAAGCAGAGGUCUUCAGGGUUCUUUUUCGGAGGGGGGUUCUCUUCCUUCCUGCCUCCUGGAGAUGUGCCCUUGGGAGGGGGGUAGUUGGCUAAGCUGCUGAGCUGGGGUGAGGCCAUCCGAGAUGUGCCGAGGCCCACGCAGCCCCUUGGUGGGGCAGGGCCCUGAGGUGAGGGUGGGCGCCUCAGCUGCAGCCCUGAGGGCGGGCUGGGAAGACCACUGGCAGAAGCAGAAAGAUGUAGCCCCACAGGCUCCCCCAGAGGCCUCCCAGCCCCGUCCCCAGGGCAGCUUCUCCCUGGUGGCCCUGAGGUGGCCCGCCCUCCGUGGCGUGGUUGGGAGUCAGGCCUGGACUCGUGGCCCUGGAGCUGGGAGCCGGGCUCCCUGCCUGCCUCGGCUUUUCCAGGGGGUGGAGGGAGGCAAGGGCGGAGGAGCCUUGCUGGGCCAGGGGGAGUGGAUGACUCCCUAGACCGGAGAGCACCUCUCCCUCCUCUCCCUCUCUCAGAUCUUAGUGCUUCCCCUGCCCUCCAAGUUCUAGGCCCCGCAAGGUUGAUGGAGCCGGCUUCACCCCCUGGGAAGCUCUUUCUGAAAUAUCUGAUGGUGGGGAGGAGUCUCCCUUAGCCAGAGGUUCCCGUGAGGGACCUGGGGGGGAUGGAUUCUGGAUGAGCCUCAAGAAAUGAGGAAUUGGAGGGGCAAGGGCUUCUGGGGCGGCCGAGCUCACUGUGCCUCUCCAGCUGUGCAGGCCCCUUCCCCCUCCUCCCCAGCUGCACUUUAGCCCCACGGGGGGUGCGGGGCCCCAGGGGAGGGCCGGGCGGGGGGGCAGGGAAGAACGGCCCUCAGCACCCACAGCGCCCCCCCGCUCUCCCGUCCCAGGGCCCCGCCAGCCCCCUGCCUGGGGGUGCCCUGGCCCUCACGGCUGUUCUGACAAGAGCUUCUGGAGCGUGUAACCAGUAGAUUGUCUCCCCUGAUGGACCCUGCGUUUUCUCCUGAAUAAAUUCAUCCAAUGCCUGUGUUCUUUUCCUCACCCGGGCAGCUCUGCUGACCCAGGGCGCCCGGAGGGGAGGGAGCUGGCCGCACGUGGAGCCCGGAGCAGACCCACCAGGCAGCGCGGCGGCCCGCGCACAGCCCCUCCCCGCGUCCUAGGGGUCUUCAUCUUCCGGUCAUGUCGUGCACCCCUGGCUCCUGGCUCCCCACCUCCCACCUCCUUCCUUGGGUGUCUGUUUCUGGCCUCACAUAGACCUUGGCUGGGCCUCCAGAACCCCUUUUCUGACGUUGACCUUUGAUCCCUUGGGCCCAUGACACCUCCUCGCCCUCAUGGUCACCCCGCAUCCACCCUUCCCUGCACCCCAGCUGGCUUGGCCUCAGGAGAAGGGGAAACAGAUAAAACCAGUGGUUACAAAUUGAUGUACGAGCUGGGGUGCUGUGCUAAGUAUGUUACAUAAAUUAACGCGCUUAAGCCUCACCACCACCCUGCAAUGCAGAUACUGCCCGCGUUUUACAGAGGAGGCAUCUGAAGUGCAGAGGGAUUAAGUAACUUGCCCAGGGUUGAGAAAUGUCUCCAACAGGACUUGAAUCCAGGCAGCCUGGCCGAAUCACUCUUCUUGGUAUAACCUUAGUAGUCGCUGUUUGUUGACCACCUACUGUGUGCUGGACGGGGUGCCUGACAGCCCUGGAGUCCUUUCCCCCUCACAAUGACCCUGGGGGUUUGGUAUCAUUAUCUGCAUGCAACUGAGCUUGGGCCCCCACAGAUUCUCCAUUGAGACAGGGCUGGGUCGGGGGUGGCGGGG